AUGGCGAAUAUGCUGUCGGGUGGUUACCAAUCGCAUGAUUCUUUUGGCUGUCUUCAUGACACGUCGGCCAUGGCGAAUAUGCUGCCAGGAGUCGUGGUUGUGGGUAGCCAUGGGACGCCACCAUCGCUCUUCGCUCAAGGGCCAUCCGCUGCAUCCACCACCACAGGCACGACGCAACGGAGGGUUGUCAUCGCGUGGCUCACGCCUGGGCCGGGAGCAGCUGGAGAUGGGGAGCCCCCUCUGGUGGCUUCGAGGACCCGUGCACCGCCUUCGCCAUUGGUAGCUACGUCGCAUGACGACCUCGUCGGGGAAGAAGGAGGUUGUCACGGCUCACCUUGGUCAGAGAAGCCGAGCCGUGUUGUCAGCAGCCGAUGCUCCGGUCGGGGCUGCGUAGGAGGAAGAUACCUCACCGGGGUUGUGGGCCAUGCAUUGUCACGCUGCCACAUGCUUCUGCUCUGCAGCCGCACCGAGAGUUGGUCGUUUGAGAGGCUCAUGGUGGAAGGCGUCCAUGAGUCCAAGGCGUGUCAAAAACACUCUUAUAUUAGGGAUUGGGUAGUUUACGUCUACCCACCAGCCAUGGGUAAGGAGAAGACUCACAUCAACAUCGUGGUCAUUGGCCACGUCGACUCUGGUAAGUCGACGACCACUGGCCACCUGAUCUACAAGCUUGGAGGCAUUGACAAGCGUGUCAUCGAGAGGUUCGAGAAGGAAGCCGCUGAAAUGAACAAGAGGUCUUUCAAGUACGCCUGGGUGCUUGACAAGCUCAAGGCCGAGCGUGAGAGAGGUAUCACCAUCGAUAUUGCUCUCUGGAAGUUCGAGACCACCAAGUACUACUGCACCGUCAUUGAUGCCCCUGGUCACCGUGACUUCAUCAAGAACAUGAUCACCGGUACCUCCCAGGCUGACUGUGCUGUUCUCAUCAUUGACUCCACCACUGGUGGAUUUGAGGCUGGUAUCUCCAAGGAUGGCCAGACACGUGAGCAUGCUCUCCUUGCUUUCACUCUUGGAGUGAAGCAGAUGAUCUGCUGCUGCAACAAGAUGGACGCCACCACUCCCAAGUACUCAAAGGCACGUUACGAAGAAAUUGUUAAGGAGGUCUCUUCCUACCUGAAGAAGGUCGGCUACAACCCUGAAAAGGUUCCCUUUGUCCCCAUCUCUGGGUUCGAGGGUGACAACAUGAUUGAGAGGUCCACCAACCUUGACUGGUACAAGGGCCCAACCCUGCUUGAGGCGCUUGACCAGAUCAACGAGCCCAAGAGGCCCUCAGACAAGCCCCUCCGUCUUCCCCUCCAGGACGUUUACAAGAUUGGUGGCAUUGGAACUGUGCCUGUUGGCCGUGUUGAGACUGGUGUCAUCAAGCCUGGUAUGGUUGUUACCUUUGGUCCCAGUGGUCUGACAACUGAGGUCAAGUCUGUUGAGAUGCACCACGAGUCUCUCCUGGAGGCGCUUCCUGGUGACAACGUGGGCUUCAACGUCAAGAAUGUUGCCGUGAAGGAUCUGAAGCGUGGUUUUGUUGCAUCCAACUCCAAGGAUGACCCUGCCAAGGAGGCAGCCAACUUCACCUCCCAGGUCAUUAUCAUGAACCACCCUGGUCAGAUUGGCAACGGCUACGCCCCAGUGCUGGACUGCCACACCUCACACAUUGCUGUCAAGUUUGCUGAGCUGGUGACCAAGAUUGACAGGCGAUCUGGUAAGGAGAUAGAGGCCGCGCCCAAGUUCCUCAAGAACGGUGAUGCUGGCAUAGUGAAGAUGAUUCCCACCAAGCCCAUGGUUGUGGAGACCUUUGCCACUUACCCUCCUCUUGGUCGUUUUGCUGUCCGUGACAUGAGGCAAACUGUGGCUGUUGGUGUCAUCAAGGGUGUGGAGAAGAAGGACCCAACUGGCGCCAAGGUGACCAAGGCUGCCAUCAAGAAGAAAUGAGGCGUUUACCUGAAUCCGUCUAUGUCUGCUUUUUGAGAUCUCUAGUAGUUUAGUGCCUAUUAAGUUUUGCUACUGUUAGCGCCGUGUGAUAUGCGCCCUGUUGAUGUGUCAUUUGAGUACUGUCGUUAAUUUCGGCUUUUGACAAAACAUGGAAGCUUCUGAGACUACUCAUUUUUAUCCUCUGCUUUGGAAUGUUAGGCUGCUACUUUUAGUCAUA